GGUGCCUCACAAUUAAGCUCAAGGCUAAGGAAAAAUAUGCUAGAGUAAGCUCCGCUGCGGAUAUCCUUCCUAAGAAAAAAAAUAUUUUGAUAAUUGAACAGUCUCAUUUCUUACCCAAGAGGACGUAACUCUGCGCUGUUAUACUCCAUCACAUCAACAUACAUCAAUGCGCUGAUACAUUACGACGAACACAACUACUCACAAUAUCCACAAUUCAACAUGGCUUCUUCUCGUAUAUUCAUCAAGGGACUUCCUCCAAAUAUCACUGAGGAUGAGUUCAAAACGCAUUUUGGUGCGAAGCAAGAAAUUACAGAUGCAAAGUUGAUCUCGCACCGAAGAAUUGGUUACAUUGGAUACAAAACACCGGAAGAGGCUGCAAAAGCAGUCAAAUACUUCAACAAAUCGUUUGUACGAAUGUCAAAAAUAGGCGUGGAAAUUGCUAGACCUAUAUCGGAUGCAUCUUUACCUAUAUCGAGAAAAGCACAACGUGAACAAGAACGGGAAAACAACAAGUUGAGGCAACUGAAGCAAGAGGCGGAUGCAAAGGUCUCUGAGAGUCUGAAUACCGGCACGAAGCGAAAACGAAGCGAUGUCGAUAUUGCAGAUCCCAAGCUACAGGAAUUUAUGGAGGUCAUGCAACCGGCCUCGAAAUCGAACGCGAACAUGUGGAAAGCUGGAACCAUGGAUGCUGAUAUGGAGGAGCCGCCAACAAAGUUACAGGCUAUUGAAGUACCAGAAGAAGAAAGCGACGACGAAUAUCAGUCUGUACCUAAUAAAGCUAAGAAGGCUCCGGCAAACCCCAUCGAAGCAAAAGCGCCUGUUACACCAAUUCCUUCAACUGUUGUUGCUGACAAUGCCAACCAAGCGGAUGAGGCGAUGGUCGAUGCACCUUCCAAUGACGUCGAAGCCACAGAUGACGAUUGGUUGAGGAGUCAUACGAAUCGUCUAUUAGAUAUAGUGGACCCGGAAGAUAUUAUACCCAAAACACAAAACUUAGACGUCAAUGAUGUUGAAGAGGUGGUUGCAGGAGAAACAGGACCCAAGGCGGCAGUUGGAGAUAUGGCCGUCGACGAAGCAGAAGCUGUCGAAGAACAGGCGGAGAAUUCGCCUUCGGAACUGGAUGCGACACUUGAAACGAUCAAAGCUAGUGGACGAUUGUUCGUGCGAAAUUUACCAUAUAGUGCAACAGAGGACGACCUGCGGAAGCACUUUGAACAAUAUGGAACUCUAGAAGAGAUACACUUGCCAGUAGAUGCCAAAGGUGCUAGUAAAGGAUUUGUUCUUGUUCAAUACACAGAUCCAAAUGCUGCUGCUGAAGCAUAUCACAAUGUUGAUGGCGAGCCUUUCCAAGGAAGGUUACUGCACAUAUUACCUGCUGCAGCUAAACGAGACAACAAGCUCGACGAAUUUGCAAUAGCAAAGCUUCCCUUAAAGAAGCAAAGACUUCUCAAGAAAAAAGCCGAUUCUUCCUCGAGCACAUUCAAUUGGAACUCUUUGUACAUGAAUCAAGAUGCAGUCAAUUCAUCGGUGGCUGAACGUUUGGGAGUAUCGAAAUCCGAGCUUCUUGACCCAACUUCGGCAGAUGCUGGAGUUAAGCAGGCCAUUGCUGAGACUUCGGUCAUCCAAGAAACUAAAUCGUACUUUGCGAACAAUGGAGUUGAUCUUGAUGCGUUCAAGAAACGUGAGCGUGGUGAUACAGCCAUUUUAGUCAAGAACUUUACCUAUGGCAUGACUCUGGAAGAACUCCGGAAGAUGUUCGAAGAAUUUGGGCAGGUUAUUCGUGUUCUUAUGCCCCCGACUGGUACGAUCGCAAUUGUUGAGUUCGCACAGCCAACACACGCAAGAGCGGCAUUUGCAAGCCUUGCGUAUCGACGUAUGAAGGAUACUGUACUUUUCCUAGAAAAGGCGCCCAAGGACCUUUUCACAGGGCCUCCACCUGCUCAACCAGUGGCAACAAUCAACAGGAAUGCGGACAACGCAGCAGAUCCUAAAUUAUCAACAUCUGAUCUGCUCGAAAGAGACAGUGGCGUUGAAAAUGUGGAUACAACUACCUUAUUCGUCCGUAAUCUUAACUUCAGCACUACCAGUCAACGUCUCACAGAAAUUUUCAAGCCCCUUGAUGGCUUUUUAUCGGCACGCGUUAAUACAAAGACGGAUCCAAAGAAACCUGGCCAAGUUCUUAGCAUGGGUUUUGGCUUCAUUGAGUUCAGGACCAAAUCCCAAGCACAGGCGGCAAUCAAGGCAAUGGAUGGAUACACACUUGACAAUCAUAAACUGCUGGUUAAGGCAUCUCACAAAGGAGCUGAUGCUGCUGAGGAGAAAAGGAAAGAAGACAGAGCUAAGAAGUUGGCAGGCAAACGUACGAAACUCAUUGUUAAGAAUUUACCGUUCGAAGCUUCCAAAUCGGAUAUUCGAAAACUAUUCGGUACGUAUGGGCAGCUCCGAUCGGUGCGCAUGCCCAAGAAAUUCGAUCACUCAACACGUGGUUUCGCUUUUGCAGACUUCAUUACGGCUCGUGAAGCGGAGAAUGCACUAGAGGCCCUCAAGGAUACUCAUCUUCUUGGCCGUCGUCUGGUAAUUGACUUCGCUUCCGAAGAAACUGUUGACGCAGAAGAAGAGAUUGAAAAAAUGCAGAAGAAAGUUGGAUCUCAAGUCAACAAAGUUGCCUUACAAAACCUUACUGGGGGAGGCCGCAAAAAAUUCAAUAUUGAAGGCAACGAUGCGGAUCUGGAUUGAGGAAACUUAUUGUAGGUAUUUAUCAAUAAUUCGAAUAUUCUACGAAGAUCAAAUUCCCUGGAUAUAUUGUUCGCCAAAAUGGCAAGCGUCCAUCUCCCUUGCCGAAGCUACACACAAAUAAUUCAAUGGCACCCCUGCACAGGUAACCCUCUAUUGAAACCCUUUCAUAAUUGAAUGGAAGGGAAACGAUUUUUUCAAAUCUAAUUAUCGGUGGUCUGCUAUUCAGCACGAUAGGCAUUAUUUGUUGCAGUAAGUUUAAAGGUGCUUUUAAAGAUGGUUUUGUCAUCUCAUCAAGUUCUCUCUGUCCUAGGUGGGCGCCACACAAAGAUGAGGAUUACCAUCAUUGUAUAUAAUGAUUAUUUACCUCCCAUUCGCUAUUGUGCUUGGAGUGUUCAUCACAAUUAUACUCGUAGGCUCUAGAAAUAAUGGUACUGAGGAAAUUACAUGCUCGCGCAAAUGAAGCAUUCCUCACGUUGUUGUGACUUUCCCCGCAACCUGAUUUCCUUACGUCUGUGAGAUCAGAGGUGGGGCUAUUUUGGUCUUUGAGCUCUGCAAGCUUUGUGGCGUUUGCAAACGUUUACAUGAGCUAUCAAUGAAGGUAGAUCUGGCUGAUCCCCAUUGAAACAGCCCUGCAUCCUAGCCAUAUACAUUCAAUCUACUUCGCUUCCUUAAUAAGCCGACAGGGCAUCUCCUACUUCAUUCUUAAUCUGUUGACAUUCCCUUGUGCAACUUCAUUCUAAGCUUUCCACUGCCAUUCCUCCAAACAUUUUUUGCUGUAAUCUUGAUUCUUCGUCGAGAAAAUACGCAUUUUUCCUACACAGCCUACCUUGAAUUCGGGUGCA